GGGGCAAACCAAUGAAAAACGGGAUGAUAGAAUGCAGUGUCUGCCAUUCGAAGCUGGUUUCCCCAACUACCAGAGGUGUGUCUAGGGCUUAUGACCGCCACAAAAGCAGGGUAUCAUCAAAGCAACGUGCCCUUAAUGUGUUCUUGGUUGUUGGUGACUGUGUUCUUGUUGGUUUCCAACCUAUUUUGGUUUAUAUGUCCAAGGUGGAUGGGCGCUUCAUGUUUAGCCCCAUUAGUGUUAACUUUUUGACAGAGGCUGCAAAGGUUCUAUUUGCAGUUGUUAUGCUUUUUUUCCAGGCUAGAAAUCAGAAAGUUGGCGAAAAGCCCCUUCUGUCAAUUUCCACAUUCAUGCAGGCAGCUCGGAACAAUGUUCUUCUUGCUGUUCCAGCACUCCUGUAUGCCAUCAAUAACUAUCUGAAGUUCAUUAUGCAGCUUUAUUUCAAUCCUGCAACUGUGAAGAUGCUGAGCAACCUGAAGGUUUUGGUAAUUGCUGUUUUGCUGAAGUUUAUAAUGAGACGUAGAUUUUCUGUGAUACAGUGGGAAGCUCUUGCUCUGUUGCUCAUUGGAAUUAGUGUAAAUCAGCUGCGUUCUUUACCUGAGGGUACUACAGCAUUGGGCCUUCCUGUUUCAACGGGUGCUUACAUCUACACAUUGAUUUUUGUAACUGUUCCAUCUUUGGCCUCCGUCUACAAUGAGUAUGCUUUGAAGAGUCAGUAUGAGACAAGCAUCUAUCUUCAGAACUUAUUUUUAUAUGGAUAUGGUGCUAUAUUUAACUUCGCGGCAAUACUGGGAACAGCUGUUAUUAAAGGUCCUAGUAGCUUUGAUAUCUUACAAGGACAUUCGAAAGCUACUAUGCUUCUUAUAUUUAACAAUGCAGCCCAGGGAAUUUUAUCCUCUUUUUUCUUCAAAUAUGCAGAUACAAUUUUGAAGAAGUAUUCUUCAACUGUUGCUACAAUCUUUACCGGCAUAGCAUCUGCUGCACUAUUUGGCCAUACUUUGACCAUGAACUUCAUCCUAGGAAUUUCUAUUGUGUUCAUCUCAAUGCACCAGUUCUUUUCACCUCUUUCCAAAGUCAAAGAUGAACAACAGAAUGGGAAGCUGGAACUGGUAGAUUAUCAGGACAACCACAGGUCCAAAGAAUCUUUCAUAAAUAUGGCAGCAGGAGCAAAUGAAGAGGCUAGUCAUUGUGUUGGAUCUGAUGAGAGACAACCACUUCUUCCCACCUAAAGUUUCUUGGAGAGUGGCAGGGAAUUUGUUAGAAGGAAUUCUUUGGGCAGGAGAUGUUGGAUAGUGGCAGAGAAGAGAUUAAAGAUAAAGAAAGCAGUUUCCGGAAGAUUUAAUGGGAAUAAAACCUUAAAAAUGAGGUUAUUUGUUACUAUAAUUUUCUUGGGUCAGCCAUCCAGAAGCCGAUGGUGGAUGGUAGAUAGAGAAGAGCGGUGCGAUUGGGUUGGUUGGUGCUGGAUCCCACCAAAAUACAAACAUCAUGUGUUUGUUGCUAUUUGUAUUCUUUAUUACCUUAGACCAGGUAUAGAGAACAAAUAUUUUUUUUGGCCAAAUCGUAAUAUAUAUAUAUAUAUUUUUAUUUUCUAA